CUUUCUUUUGAACUUAAAAACCCGCCGCUUCACUUCCGGUCUCUUCGCUCACGAGCAGAGCCGAAGAAUUUCAAACGAGACAUAACGAAACAAAGUGCGAACGAGGCGUCAGUCACGUAAACAAACAGUCAGCUGUACUGAGACUCUACUGAUGACGACGGUUCGGUCACAGUUAAUGAUCCAUACUUACUGAUCAAUAGUUAAUGACCCAUGAAGAAGUUCGGUUUACUCUCAGUGGACUCAGAACUAGGUUUCUGGAUGGUUUUCUCGAGCAGGGGCAGAUUUAGAGAUUUGGGGGCUGAACUCGGGCACGAGGCCCCUGGGGGCCCCUGAGGUUCCUGGUGACAUCAGCAGUCAGUGCCAUGAACGCCUCGGACAGCGACGAGGACUUAUACAACGAGAGGACGGCGUUGGUCCCGUCGGAGAAUCCGGCAGUCCCGUCCUACAGACCAGAUCCUGACCUGACCCCCCCUGAUGACUCGCCAACCAAAAGGUCUGGGGUGAGCAGGAGGGCGGGUCCAGCUGCAGCAGAUGGUGGCGGUGGCGGUGGAGGCGGAGAUCAGGAGGUGGAUGCAGACGAGGAGGAGCUGACUCUGAAGUACGGAGCCAAGCACGUCAUCAUGCUGUUCAUCCCCGUCACCCUCUGCAUGGUGGUGGUGGUCGCCACCAUCAAGUCCGUCAGCUUCUACACGGAGAAGACCGACCAGCAGCUGAUCUACACGCCGUUCACAGAGAACACGCCAUCUGUCGGCCGCCGGCUCCUCAACUCCGUCCUCAACACCAUCAUCAUGAUCAGCGUCAUCGUGGUCAUGACCAUCUUCCUGGUCGUCCUCUACAAGUAUCGCUGCUACAAGUUCAUCCACGGCUGGCUCAUCCUGUCCUCCCUCAUGCUGCUCUUCUGGUUCAGCUUCAUGUACCUCGGGGAGGUGUUUAAGACGUACAACCUGGCCGUGGACUACCCGACGGUGGGGGUGAUGAUCUGGAACUUCGGGGCGGUGGGGAUGAUCUGUAUCCACUGGAAGGGCCCGCUCCAGCUGCAGCAGGCCUACCUCAUCCUCAUCAGCGCCCUCAUGGCGCUGGUCUUCAUCAAGUACCUGCCCGAGUGGUCGGCCUGGGUCAUCCUGGGCGCCAUCUCCGUCUACGACCUGGUGGCCGUCCUGUCUCCCAAAGGUCCUCUCAGGAUGUUGGUGGAGACGGCUCAGGAACGCAACGAGCCCAUCUUCCCCGCCCUCAUCUACUCCUCUGCCAUGGUGUGGACGGUGGGAAUGGCGAGCCCGAUGGACGCUCAGCGCUCUGAACACGAAACAGAUGAGGAGGCGGAGCAGAGCGUCAGAGGGGCGGAGCCUGAGAGCCGACAGUCCCGGACGUUUGCAGAGGACGAGCUGGAGGAAGACAGGGGGGUGAAGCUAGGCCUCGGUGAUUUCAUCUUCUACAGCGUUCUGGUUGGUAAAGCUGCAGCGACGGGCGGAGACUGGAACACGACGCUCGCCUGCUUCGUCGCCAUUCUGAUUGGUCUGUGCCUGACUCUGCUGCUGUUGGCCAUCUUUAAGAAAGCUCUGCCGGCGCUGCCCAUCUCCAUCACCUUCGGCCUCGUCUUCUACUUCUCCACGGACUUCCUGGUUCAGCCCUUCAUGGACAACCUGGCAGCUCACCAGUUCUACAUCUGAGACGAAGCCCUGCCCACCCCGCCCUCCUGCCCACCCCGCCCUCCUCCUCGUUAUCCUGCAGCCACCGCCGCCGUCUGGUGAUGUAACGCACAAAGACAAAAACUUCCUGCACCCCUCUUCUACCUGUCUCUGAAAGUCUGCUUUAAACAGACCACAGGAAGUGAUGUCACAGACAGGGGAAGCUUGGGGGGCGUUCCCUGGUCGUUUCUGCUCAGGUGUGUCACCUGUUGACCGAUCAUUCAAAGGAAAGAUCCGCCUUAAAUCAUGUAGCUGGUCGUGUUUGUAGAGUCUCUGUCACAUGACUCGCUGUGGCGGCUGACUGUGAUUGGCUGACACUUGAACCCUCACAUCUCCGAGUGCAGAAACAAACCAACAAACAUAAACAGCUGUAUUUGAAUGUUUUACAGAGUUUUAAAGUGGAUUUUUAAGGUGGAUUUUUCCAUGAGGUCACAGAUUCAACACAUUCAAUUCUCAAGUAAAUUUGGACUUUUUUAUGUAAGAAAUAAAAGGUUAUUGAG